UUUUCCUUAUCAAACAUGGCGGUUCUGCCCACACCCAACAUGGUGGCGCGGCCUCGCCUGCCCUCAAUCGCCAUGGCGGCGACUGCGCAUGCGCGGCGCGGCGCGAGAGGGGGGCCCAAGGGCAAGAUGUCGGCGCUGCGAGCGCUCGGGAGGCUGAGGGGCUCCGCGGGGCUGCGGGCGGCGGCGAGGCUGCGGGCGGCCCCGGCCCGGUCAUCGCACCAGUGGCAGCCGGACGUGGAGUGGGCGCAGCAUUUCGCCGGUGCUGUCAUGUACCCCAGUAAGGAGACCGAGAAGUGGGUGCCCCCGCCGUGGAAUGACAAGGACCCGCUGGCUCACAAGAAGGUCUCCAGCCUCACCAUCAACUUCGGGCCGCAGCACCCGGCGGCACACGGCGUCCUGCGCCUCGUCAUGGAGCUCAGCGGUGAGAGCGUCAGGCGAUGCGACCCCCACAUCGGCCUCUUGCACCGCGGCACCGAGAAGCUCAUCGAGUACAAGACCUACCUCCAGGCGCUGCCGUAUUUCGACCGCCUGGACUACGUCUCCAUGAUGUGCAACGAGCAGGCGUAUUCCCUGGCCGUGGAGAAGCUGCUCAACAUCCGCCCGCCGCUGCGCGCACAGUGGAUCCGAGUUCUCUUUGCGGAGAUCACCCGGCUGCUCAACCACAUCAUGGCCGUCACCACGCACGCGCUGGACAUUGGAGCCAUGACGCCCUUCUUCUGGAUGUUUGAGGAGAGGGAGAAGAUGUUUGAGUUCUACGAGCGCGUCUCGGGAGCGCGGAUGCACGCUGCCUACAUCCGCCCUGGCGGGGUGCACCAGGAUCUGCCGCUGGGGCUGAUGGAUGACAUCUACGAGUUCGUGAAGAACUUCUCCCUGCGCAUCGACGAGGUGGAAGAGAUGUUGACCAACAACCGCAUCUGGAAGAACCGCACAGUGGACAUCGGGGUGAUAACGGCAGAGGAGGCUCUCAACUAUGGGUUCAGCGGGGUGAUGCUCCGCGGCUCCGGCAUCCACUGGGACCUUCGCAAGACCCAACCCUACGACGUCUACGACCAAGUGGAGUUCGACGUCCCCAUCGGCUCCCGCGGCGACUGCUACGACAGGUACCUGUGCCGCGUGGAGGAGAUGCGGCAGUCGCUCCGGAUCAUCCUCCAGUGCCUCAACAAGAUGCCGGAGGGGGAGAUCAAGGUGGACGAUGCCAAAAUCUCACCGCCGAAGCGGGCAGAGAUGAAGACUUCCAUGGAGUCUUUGAUCCACCACUUCAAGCUCUACACUGAGGGCUACCAGGUGCCCCCCGGGGCCACCUACACGGCCAUCGAGGCCCCCAAGGGGGAAUUCGGCGUCUACCUGGUGUCGGACGGCAGCAGCCGGCCGUACCGCUGCAAGAUCAAGGCGCCCGGCUUCGCCCACUUGGCCGGCCUCGAUCGGAUGUCGCAGGGCCACAUGCUUGCCGACGUCGUGGCCAUCAUCGGCACGCAGGACAUCGUCUUCGGGGAGGUGGAUCGGUGACGCCGCCACGGUGGCCCCUCCGGGUCCCCGGUCCCCAUCGCCCCCUCUUCAUGUGGGUCAAAUAAAGGCUAAAAUGGG